AUGGAUAUUGAAAAGUUUAAGGACGAGUUAAGGGCCGCCACCGCUUCAUCAACAGAUGGAGCUAACAACGUAGCCGACCAGUCCACCGCGCGCGCACCGUACUUAAUAGCUCUGGUGAUGCAAUUAUUUUCAAGUGUUGGGCACAUCCAUUCUAUGUAUGAAAUAGCCAUGAACGAACAGGAAUUCAAGCGUAGGAUAGUUGACCUGGUUUUUGCGAACGUGUAUCAGGCAGUACUUCUUUGUCUCCCGGCAUUUAUCAUGGAACUGUUGCACAACGAAUUGCACAAAGUCAAAUCGCUACUGAUUACGCGCCAAGCCGAUUUAACUGAAGGUGCGGUCGGCGCGGCGACGCUGCGCGCGCUGCGUUACAUGCAGCAGCGGCCGCUGCGGCUGCGGCUGGCCCGCGUGCUCGCCGUCGACAGUUCGCUGCCUGUCGCCUUCUUGUCUCUGCUCUUCACUUACUCUGUGCUCGUUCUGCAGUUGCACAAGAUCUUGUAG